AUGCCUACUCCAGACCCAAAAGAUCCUCUGAAUCUUCCAGAGUGGCGUAAAUGGCUCGCAGUUGGUGCACUGUGCUUUUUCGGAGCUCUAGCGCUCACCAUCGAACACGUCGUUGGAGGGCUGAUACCUAUAUUCGUGUUGGAAUACUCUGGCAUCGACCCAAAGACCAUCAUAGACCAUCCGAGAAAUGUAUCGACGUCGCCGACCGACAAUAUGAACGGCCUUGACAGUCUUUCCAAUCUUGGCGGCCCUUCGAUAUCUCAGGUGACCCUGCUUUCGACGUUGCCCCUGGCUAUCAAUGGCAUAGCAUCGUUUUUUCUUGUCCCUAUAUCUGCUGCCAUCGGACGGAGACCUGUUAUUUUGAUCGCGGGCAUUCUCCCAUGGAUAGGUGGCCUCUGGGCCGGCUUUAGCACAAGCCUAGGGAGUCACCUGGCUGCCCGAUGUCUACAAGGAUUUGGCGUAGGCACAGUCGAGGCCCUAAUUCCCCUGAUGAUACAGGACCUUAUGUUCAUUCACAAGCGGAACAAGGCACUCGCAACUCUAUGGUCCAGCCAGGGUAUACUUAUUAUCUGCCUAGGCAUUUCAAGCCCCUUCAUUGUGGCACAGCUCAGCUGGAGGCAUCUCUACUGGAUCUACUCGGGUAUUGCUGCCUGUGCUUGGCUGGCCAUCAUAUUACUCGUACCGGAAAGCAGAUGGGAAAGAUCAAAAGAAGAACUCGCCGGCAAUGAAGUUUAUCCACUUCGUCCUGGCAAGGAUCGUCCUCAUCUCGAUCACGAAAUGUAUGGCCGCCGGACCAGAUGGACCGACUUCGGAAUCUUCAACAUACCAUUGCGAUGGUCAUCUGCUGUUAGCACACUAUGGAAUUCUGUCAGAUGCAUCAUAUUCCCCAACAUCAUUUGGAUCAUCGCACUUAGCUCAGUCGCGUCCGGCGCCUUUGGAGCAUUCUCACAGACUCAAGCUGCAGUACUUCUCGCCGCCGGUUGGGAUUUCAAAACCCUCGGUCUCGCCGGCCUAACGAUGAUCGCUGCUACUCCGUUCAUCCUUCUGUCUGCGCAUGCAGUUGACAUGGUCGGUAGUUGGAUGGCGAGGCGGAAUGGAGGCCAAAGGGAACCUGAGUUCCUCCUUCCAACCUUGCUUGUUCCCGUAAUCAUAUCCAUCGUUGGUUUCGUGGUCUAUAGCUACGGUGCUGCGAACAUCGCCACAGUAUCGAGCAUCGUCAUCCUCACGGCGUUCUUCCUCAUGACCUAUGGGGGCGGCACAGCAAGCACAAUCCUGACGUCUUACCUUAUUGAGAGUCACCCAGACAUCGCUGCAUCCGUACUGGUCACCGUAUCUUCUCUUCGCCAUCUAGUCGGCUUCCUCCUCAAUUUCCGAGCAACGGAUUGGAUAAAGUCUGUUGGGUUCAUAAGACUAUUCUCCAUCUACAGCAGCAUAUUUCUCGCUAUCGCGGUCUUCGGUAUGGUGAUCUAUUUCAGAGGAAAACAGUGGCGGGCUUGGGGCAAUGGAAAGAUUCGCGAGACGGCGGAUAGAGGGAUGUUGAACGGGGAGAAGGUUUAG